GCGCAUACUUAAUGCUGGAUAGUUUCUGAGCUCCAUAAAUGUAUUAUUGUUAGGAAGUAAAAAUUGAUGUACAUUAUUUUUGAUCAGUUCAACGAUUUCAAAUUCUUCGAUCUCAUCAUUUCAGGCCUUGUGCUGUUUGUAGGUACACCGGAGAACAUCCGCCAUGGCCAUCACUAUUGGUGUGUGUACAUCUGCUUUCGAGAGAAACAUCGGAGGACUCUUGUCCAAGUUGAGAUCGACUCUGCCAAUGAUCAACUUCCGAAUGGUCUCUUUACCUUACAACGAUCUCGAUAAUUAUCCGUUGGAGCAAGAACGACUUGAUGGACUGAUCCUUUGUCACUCUAUCCAGAACAGACGCCUUGCCAUUACUGAUGUCUUAGAUGCAAUCUACGAUAAGUACUUGCCCAGAGCUAAGAAACAUCUUGGGAAGGAGAAUGUAGUCGUGAUCGCACAUGACUUUUCUUGGCCAUUUCAGAAGAAAGCUACUAUGGAGACCUUCCGGAUGAACCAGCCAACGGCUGUGAAAUGCUCCUCACUCGUACUUCUCAGUGGAAGCUUGGACAACACCGUGCAGAUGGAUAGCGACGAUUGGAACCAACUUACGGCGUUCGCAAGAGAAGUCAAACCUCUGGAGUCAUCCCCUUUGAAAUCAGCCUUCGAUGUUGUCAUUAAUUGGUUCCAAUCCGCAAUGAGUCUCGUCAUUUUCGUCAUCUUCGUCAUCAUGUGCAUCUUCAUGACUAUUCUGGUGAUUGUAAGCAGUAUCGGUUUGUUUCCAUUAAUAAUAAUAGUGGCUGUAUUUUUGUCAUACUGGUUCUGGAAAAUCAAAAACAAGCAACACAAUAUUGGAAUCAGAGAGGGCGAUGGGAGCCUGCAUGAUAUCAAGAGUCAUGGGCCCACUCUUGAAGUGAGAAAGAAAGGAUAUAGGAAAUAGGAGAGGGGAAAGAAAUUUGAAAUUUAUCAGUUAACAAUGGGGACUUUUAGAUUUGCACGUUGACAUAGUGGACACACGAUUUUCUCAACUUCGAAGUGGAUCAGGGUUAUGAUUAUUUGAGAAAUCAAAAGGUGUAUUCUAAUCUAAGGAGGGACACUGUUUGCAACACAGUUUUUGGAAAUUAAAGAGGAACCCGCAUUCGUUGUAAGUCGGCUUAGAAGGAAAAUACA